AUGCUCGAGCUGCUGGCUGCGGGCCGGGCGGACCUGGCGGCCGCGGACCACGAAGGUGUUCAGGGCGCGCGGCCGCUUCACGUGGCCGCCGCCCGCGGCCACCGCGACGUCGCCGAGGUGCUCCGCGCGGCCGCUCGGGCUGCCAACCGCAGCUCGCUGCGCCGGCGCCGCGCCGAGAGGCGCCGCCGCCUCGCAGCCUUGGCCAAAAGGCGGCGAGCGUGCCCCGCACCCGUACACCCUCGCGGCCUGGACUGCGGGGGGGGUCAGAGGCUCGAGGUUCUGGCUGCCAGGGCGGGCGACCGGCACGUCGCAACGCAAAGGAAUGCAAAGGCGGAGGCCGCGCCGAUGGCCGAUGCGCCAGCGGAGCGGGAGGCAGCCGACGCUAGGCUUCAGGUGCCGAUGCUCUUCUCUGGAGGCAUCCUGGUCCUCACCGUCGCUGGCAAGGUGGGCGACGCGGCCGCGCCCGUGCUCGUGGCCGACUGGCCGGUCGCCCUCCUUGCGCUGAACGCCAACGAUUUGCACUGCGGACUGACGUCCGCCAGCGUACCGCUGGCUCUCGUUCGGUCUUCUGCCGUCCGGCGGCUGGCGGAGGAUCCGCUCUUCUUCUUCCUGGGCUGGAGGUACCGCGACCGAGCGCUGGGCUGGCUGCGCCGCCGCUCCCCUGGCGCCGCGGACGGUCUCGACCGUGCCGAGGCCCUCUUCCGCAGGGCGUCCUUCGCGGCGGUUCUCAUCGAGCCGGGCGCGGUGGUGUGCUGCCUGGCCGGCGCCGCCAGGAUGCAGCCGUUGACGUUCUGCACCCUCAACGUGUUGGGCACCGCCGCCCGCCUGCUGCUGAUACGCGGGCUCGGCGCGCUGUUCCCGCAGCAGCUGGACUACGUCCUCGGCCUCGUGCGGCUGUACCAGCGUUGGCUGCUCCUGGGGGCCGUGGCCCUUACCGCGGCCGGGGCCUGGAGGCUGCUGCGCUUGGGCGGCGGCGGGGGUGCGGCCGCGGGCGCGGCCGCGGGCGCGCCCGCAGGCGGCGUGGCGGCGCAGCACACUCGCGCCAAGGUGUCCUGA